GCGAGAUCGAGAAUGCUUCCUGGUGUCGCCGUCGUGACAGGCGCCGGAGGGACUGGCAUCGGGGCAGCCGUCGCCAGGGGCUUUGCGCGCUCAGGCUGCUCCAGACUCGCCAUCACCGACAUCAACCCAACCACGCUGGCCCAGACCAAGCAUGACAUCCUGCGCAUUAACCCAUCGGCCGACGUCUUCGAGCGCGCCGUCGACAUCGCCGACGAAGGCUUCGUCGACGCCUUCCACGACGGCGUCUUCGCCCGCUUCCAGAGGCUCGACUACGGCGUCAACUGCGCGGGCGUCCUGGGAGGCGACGUGGUCAAAGCAGUCGACAUGACGACUGACCACUUCGACCGCCUCAAUGCCAUCAACUACAAGGGCGUGUGGCUGAGCUGCCGUGCUCAGCUGCGGAGCAUGCUGAAACAGGAGCCUCUGGAAGAGCAUCCCAAGCAGCGAGGCGCCAUCGUCAGCAUCGCCAGCCAGCUUGGAAUCGUGGCGAGACCCGGCGCCGCGGCCUACUGUGCGUCCAAAGCGGCCAUCAUCAACAUGACACGCGCAAACGCCAUCGACUACUCAGGCGACGCCAUACGAGUCAACUGCGUGUGUCCAGGCGUCAUUGAGACUCCCAUGACUACCACUUCGCCAGCCAUGGUCGAGGCCCUGAAGCCCGCCAUCGCCAUUGCGCCCAUGAACAGAAUGGGCACGCCGGACGAAGUCGCCGACGCCGUCCUCUUUCUGUGUUCGUCUCAGUCGUCUUUCAUUCAGGGGCAUGCGCUUGUUGUGGAUGGCGGCUAUACCAUCAAUUAGUCUAGCUGCGUGCGAAACAGUAAGAUUCGUAGCAUUUGUUGCACCCAAGUAUCUAUUAUAUAUAUACACUCCCAGUCUGAUCAAUUUUU